AUGAGGCACCGCUCAUAUCUGGGGUCUCUGAACAGACAGCGAUCAGCCCUGCUGGUUGCUGUCGUGGUUCUAUUUGUGAUAUUCGAAUUUCUACUGCCAAGCACCAGACCGGAUGCCCGGUUUGAGCGUUCCCAGGACCGACCUUGGUAUCUCCACCAGUCGCCAUUUCGAACGAAUCCCAACUAUGAAUAUGAGAUCAAAAUCUCGAAUGCACUACACGACCUCGAGAUUGAGGGCCAACUCCGCGGAGAUAUCGGAGCUCCGGAUACAGUGUGGCAGAUUAUGUUGAUGGACAACGAUAAGCGCGGCGAGGAUUCUCUUCAAUUUGAGAAGAAGAACGCAGAGUGGAAUUAUUCACUCGUGAACGCCAAAUGGGCAGACAAAUUCAUCACCGAAACCCUCGCCUCAAUCCCAGACUUGGAGUAUCUGUACAAAUCCUAUCCUGGUUAUGUCCUUCGCGGCGAUCUUCUCCGCUAUCUAAUCCUCUGGUACCAUGGCGGCUACUACGCAGACAUCGACGUCUACCCAGCAACAAGCAUAAAGACCUGUCCCGCAAUGCAAAACACACUCUUCAACCAGGGCCCCAACACGGCCAUGACCAACAGAAACAUAUCCCUGGUAGUAGGCAUAGAAAUCGAUGAACCUUUCGCCUCCACCGAGAAAAUGCACGACUGGCACUGGGUACGAAGGUACGGAUUCCUACAAUACACGAUGUACGCACCACAGCGAUUCAGCCCAAUCCUCCGAGAAGUGAUCGUGCGUGUCCUUUCACACACAAAACAGCACAUCGCACAAAGCCACAUCUGGGGCGCACGAUAUAACGAAAUGACCACACUGGAGAUAACCGGACCGGGUGUUUUCACCGAUACGGUUCUAGACAUUCUGUCGGAGACAUUGCCAUCCGAUCACCGACUUAUUCAAAAAUCCAUGGAUGCGGAUGAAGAAUUGGGCGAUUUGAUCUCUUCUUCUUCAGCGCUUCCUGUGCAGCGGGUGACGUGGGCGCCAUUUCAUCAGCUCCAGGAAACACUUUGUGUUGAUGAGAGUGAGACGAGCAGUGGGAAGAUGCUUGGGGGGUUGUGUGUUCUCCCUUUGAAUGCUUGGGGGAAUGGGCAGAGGCAUAGUGGAUCUGAGGGAUUCAAUAGCCAUCAUGCUUGUAUCAAUCAUCGGUUUGGGGGGACUUGGAAGCCUUGGAGGCAAAGUUGGAGAAAAUGGUUAUUUGGUUGA